GGCGGAGGCAGCGCGGGGCUCGCCGUGGGCAACCCCAAUGCGUGGACUAUCGGCUGCUGCAUUAUGCUGGAGCUACAGUUCCGCUGAAGGGAGUUUGCACACGGCCGGCUGGGCUGGACUGCAGCGCUGCCGUUCCUUAUGAAGAAGGCACAAACUUGGAUUAUCACUUGCUUUUGUCUUCAACUCCUCCUACUUAAUCCUCUUGUCAAAGCCCAGAGUUCCUGCGGGAAUCCAGUCACAGAUGAUGUGAAUGACAUUGCAAAAUUGGUUGGAAAUCUCCCAAAUGAUUAUAUGAUAACCCUUAAAUAUGUCCCGAAGAUGGAUAGUCUGCCUAGUCACUGUUGGUUGCAUUUGAUGGUGCCUGAAUUUUCAAUAAGUCUACAUAAUCUUCUCCAGAAAUUUUCAGAUAUUCCAGAUAUGUCGGAUGUUUUAAGCAACUAUUCAAUCAUCAAUAAUCUCACAAGGAUAAUUAAUGAUCUUAUGGCAUGCCUUGCUUUUGACAAAAACAAGGAUUUUGUAAAAGAAAAUGGUCACCUUUAUGAAGAAGGUCACUUCAUUCCUGAGGAUUUUUUUAGACACUUUAAUAGUACCAUUGAGGUCUACAAAGAGUCUGCAGACAGAUUGGAUAAGAAUGACUGCAUUCUGCCUUCAACAGUAGGAACACCGGAGAAUGAUUCCAGAGUCGCUGUCACAAAAACAUUUUUGUUUCCUCCUGUUGCUGCCAGCUCUCUUAGGAAUGACAGCAUUGGCAGUAGCACUAGCAGUAACAAAGAAGCUCUUGGCUUCAUUAGCAGCUCCAGCCUGCAAGGGAUCAGCAUAGCCCUGACAUCAUUGCUGUCUCUCCUUAUCGGCUUUAUUUUGGGAGCCCUAUACUGGAAGAAAAUACAUCCCAAAUCCAGACCAGAAAAUGAUGAAACUACACAGUGUCAUGACUAUCAAGAGGAAAAUGAAAUAAGUAUGUUGCAGCAAAAAGAAAAGGAACAUCUACAAGUGUAGCUGUUGCUUUUUCUCCCUCAACACUGUUACUGUUUUGUGUACUGGCAGGUAACAGUUCCAUGUUCGCUUCAUAAAUGAAGCAGCUUUAAGCACAUUCGUAUUCCUUCUGGAGUGACAGACUGAGUCUGCAUCUGUUGUUGCUGCCCAUGACUCCAUAGACAUGAUACAGAAAUGAGGACAAUUUGUGUUUGUUACUGUGAAACCAACACUGAAUUGAACAAUGACAAGAAGAGUGUGCACUUAGCAGGACUGUAUCUUAUGUGAAUAUCUACCUUGUGUGACAUUUGAGGUUUUUUAAUUGCAUUAAUACUUGCAGCUGACUCUGGCAAACAAAAUAUGUCCUGAACAAAAAAAGCAUCUUUCAAAUGCCUCCAACAGUGUGUAAUCAUUGCAAGUCACAAAUACCUUUGCAUCCUUAAUUUAAAUUCUGUGUCCUCUACCUUGAUGUCUUCAGAUGAAGGUCUCUGAACUGACAGAAAACACAGAAACGGAUACAGAUAACAUACUCUUCAAUUUUGUAUAUAAAACUUGAAAGCAAAGUCAUGCCCUGAGCUCGUGCUCUAGACUUAGACUUAUAAGGAGCUGUGUUUAUGCCUGUCAAAGGCAGGGAGUGCAGCAACACGUGGUCUCUAUCGGCUGCCAGGUGGCUGGUUGCCCACCACAGAAAGCCUCAAGAAUUCAUCAGCGUUGGUGGUCUCUGUUUAGGAGAACCAAAUACUGGAUGAAGACAAACAGGAGGUGAAUGUACCUCGUGGAGCUUUGAAGAAUUAAGUGUAACUGCUGAGUAUGUGAACACUGGUGAAACUUCCAGUCAUGCUAAGGCAAAGUAAAGAGUCUGAAUUGCGUUCAAACAUCACAAUAAAGACAAACCCAUGAAAUGCAUUUUAAAUUCUGAAGAUGCAUGCCAUUUAUACCUUAUCUGUAAAUGUAUAGCAUAGAAAAUCUGAAAGAUCCUGAGAGUGUAUUUAGCUUUUACUUACAUCAGCUGUAAUUAAUGUUUGCAUUGUGUUUUAAGUGAUUAGUAAGCUUUAAUAUCUUGGCGUUCUCCACUCUUGAAAGUUAAUUCUUUUGAAACAAAAGAGAAAGGCUUUGUUUCCCACCUGUCUUCUGCAUCUAUUACUGUUACAGUAUCCAUGGAAUAUGAACAGGACUGAUGUACAGAUGUGCAUUUUCAAGUAAAUCCUAAAAAUACCAUGGUGAAA